UGAAACAACCACAUACUUUUUUAUUCACUAAUUAAUUAAACGCAUCAAUCAUGUUUUCCAAUAUAACCGAAACGAGACGAGUGCAUUUGGCGUAACACAAAUUAGCAUUGAUCAAGAUGAAGAUAAACUUAAUUAGCAGGAAGCUAAUCAAACCUACCACCCAAACUCCUCAACACCUCAACCAAUACAGCAUCUCCUUCACCGAUGAGUUCUCCCCGCCCAUGAACGUUCGCAUCCUUCUCUUCUACACCUCCGCAUCCAAACGAAUCCGCCGUCUCGAAGAAUCGCUCGGAGAAAUUCUGCCGCGAUUCUACCCUCUCGCCGGAAGAUACAUCAAGACCGAUCACGUGGUCGACUGCAGCGACGAGGGAGCCGAGUUCAUCGAAGCGGAAGCCACCGACGUCGAAUCCAUGGAUCUAAUUAGGGCAAUGGAGCCUGAUCAGCUCAACCACCUCUUCUCGCGGCAGUUCUACCAGCUCGACGAGUCCGCCGCCUGCCCGCUGCUCUCCGUCCAAGCCACGCGCUUCAAGUGCGGCGGCCUCGCCGUCGGCAUCGGCAUCGCGCACAGGAUAUUCGACGGAUCAUCUCUGGAGACAUUCGUUCAAGCCUGGUCGGAUCACAGCGCCGCCGGAGAAACUGCGAUCACACCGAGUUUCGACUCGCCGUCGUUGCUUCCCCGCGGUGAUCUGGAUUGCACUCCCACUACGGAUAAGUCGGAGAUGAAGAACAUCAGCAUCUGCACGAAGAGGUUUUUGUUUACUGCAGAAGCGAUAACUCGCCUGAGAUACGAACUCAGGCGAGAGGAAAGCGACCCGUAUAUCACGAGAGUGCGCGCGGCGUGUGCCCUAAUAGCCAAAGCCUUGAUUGACCUGGAUCGGGCGAGGCACGGGCAGUCGAGGCCGUGCCUCGUCGUGCAGGCUUUCAACGUGAGGAAGAGGACAGUGCCGCCUCUGCAGAAGGAUGCUUGUGGAAAUUUUGCAGUACAAUCGGUGACUCGAAGCAUGUCUGCUGCGGAGGCUGAGAGAAUGAGCGUUGGAGGGUUGGUGGGCGUAUUAGGAGAGGCCAUCGACAAAACGACGUCGGAUUGCUCGAGAAUACUGUCUGCAGGUGCGGGCGGGCUGAAUGAGAUAGUGGUGGUGCCGGCGAUGAAUGCGCUGGCGAAGUCGUUGAGCGAUGAGGAGAACGUGAUCUGGUGUAGCGACUGGAGCAAGUUUGAAUUCUCUAAGACUGAUUUCGGAUGGGGGAAGCCAGUGUGGGCGACCAUCGGAGCGGUCGCCGUCGAAAAUAUGGUGGUGUUAACGGAGACCGGAGGGGAUGGUGAAAUUGAGGCGUGGGUGCAUUUGAAGUCAAAUGAAAUGUCAUUGUUCCUGGAUAACGAAGGGAUUAAAAUGUUUACAAAAUUAAUGUGACAAAGCUAGCUUUUGUUACUGUUUUAUAUGGGACUGAGAUUCAAUAAUUGUUAGUCAUUCCAUUUUUAUGUUUUAUUGAUUUGAAAGUUUGUGCAAUAUUUUUAGUUUGGGUAAUGGCUCUUGAAUUCCUAAACUAUUUUUGUUUUCA